AUGGCCGAAACAAUCGAGAAGCUGGGGUACUGGGCGCAGUGCCUGGGCCAGAUAUUCCCCUCACAGGAGGGCUUCGGAGUAAACAUCGAGAACCCCAGACCUAGUUCUAGCGUGUACGAAGUGUGGUCUCCCUACCAGAAACUCGUGAUCUCUUAUCAACGGGAACCCUUCCUCGUGUUCAUGGUGGCUAACCCGGCCUGUUGGCAAGAACUGGAAGACAGCCUUUUUGGGGAAAUGAUGGCUCUGCGCGAGACACCCUGGAAUCGGCGCCGCGGCAUAGUCGCGAACGGAGUUCUCCUUCGAUUCUACCACUUCCAAAUUCCCAAGCCGCCGACUCUUCGAGCAAUCGGUGAUCCACCAUGCAAUUAUUUCGAAGACGCCAAGGACAAAGGAGAGAUCGAGAAGCGAUUGACAUUCUACAAAUCGGCGAUUCGGAGUGACUGGCUUAGCCAGAACCUGGCAUCUCCUUAA